UGUCAGUUUUAAUCUCUUUCUGACUCUUAUCCCUUGUCUUGUAUACAGCCUAUCCAGUUAAUUACUAUGGAUUUCACCAGCUCAAAUAGCAAUUCACCCUCACCUUCGAAGACCAAAAGAAAGCAGCAGCAGCAGAAUGACCAAAGUGACCAACACCAACAAGUAAGGUUCUUGGGAGUGAGAAGAAGACCAUGGGGCCGAUACGCAGCAGAGAUUAGAGACCCUUCUACUAAAGAGAGGCAUUGGCUCGGCACUUUUGACACUGCUGAGGAGGCUGCUUUGGCCUAUGACCGUGCCGCCCGUUCCAUGCGUGGCUUCAAGGCUCGCACCAACUUUGUCUACUCGGAUAUGCCCGGUGGUUCAUCUGUCACCUCCAUUAUCUCACCCGAUGAAUCCCAACACCACAUAUCUGCUCUCUUUGCUCCUCCUUGUCAAUAUAGCCAAAAUGACACCAACCAGCAACUUCUUUUCACUGCACAAGACUGCACCUUCAAUGAAUCAUCCUUCCGUUACGCUAAUAACAGUGGAUUUGUGACAGGUGGUGGAGAAGGAUGGAUUCCUGGGGCCGUGGCUGCUGGCUCUUUCCAGCCCGUUACUGCCUCUAUGGCUGCUGGUGACGGGUCCAAUCAUUGCUCUACCAAUGACAUUGAGCUCCCUCCUUUGCCUCCUGAUUUCACUACUUCUAGCUGCUACGGAUCCGAUUUGGGUCAUGAACUUUGGAACGACACUGCCCUUUUCGGGUUUUCUCAAGAACCUACAAAUGGGCCUGACCCUACAUCAACUGGAACUUUUGAUCCCGACGAGUUUCUACAGCAUAGCCCGUUGUUCGGAAGGCUGCCAUCUGUUUCUGAUACGAUGAUGGACAGCUUUGAUUUGGGUUCAUCAUCUGCCUUCUUUUUCUAAAGUUACGUACGUCCUUAGCAGCUACGCAUAUCCAUAUAGAAACCCUUACUCUCUCUCUCUCUCUUUCUAUAUAUAUAUAUAUAUAUAUAUGUGACAUUUUUCCUUUUUUCUUCUCUUCGUUUUUGGGAGCUUGGCUCCUUGGUGGUGCCACAGCCAUUUUUCAUGUUCUGCCUGCCUUGUGAGCUCGUGAAGACAAUAGCAAGGGUUUUUAGAUUUGUUCUCAACAAGAAAGGAGAUCGAUGCAACAGCGUGCUUUGCAUCCUCUUUGCAUAUGAUACGUUAUGCAAUGUGUGUGUGUGUGUGUGUGUGUGUGUGUGUGUGUGUGUGUGUGUGUGUGUGUGUGUCUUUUUUUUUUGAAAUACAAAGUGUACGCCAUUUUGCCUUUCGGGAAUACGAAUGUAUAAUGAUUGGCUUACGAGGCACUUCUAAUUAUAGCUUCUGAUAUAUGUUGUAUUAUUCUUUUUAGCACUUGAAAUAUCCCAAAUAUGGGCA